AUGGCUUCCAACUACAGCCUCCAAGGAAGCUGGACUCCUCUAGCCGCACUGACCUUACUAUGGACUUCUUUGGCUUGGGUUGAAGGAAAGCCAAGCUGUCCUUCCUGCAGGAUGCCCCCACUGGAGCCCAGUGCCGAGAAAGCCUUCCUGAUCGAAGUAGCCAAGCAGCAGAUACUCCAGAAACUGAACCUGAGCGAGAGGCCCAACAUCACCCACCCUGUGCCACGCGUGGCGGUGGCCAAUGCCCUGCGGCGACUACACAUGGGCAAAGGCUGGACAGAUGGGAUGGGGCACUUCUCCAGCUGGGAAAAAACAGAGUCUGAUGAGCAGGGGUACGAGAUCAUUAGUUUUGCAGAGACAGAACCUUCUGGCCUCCUUCAAUUCCAGCUCACCCAUACCAAAGGCCAAGCCAUGCACGUCCUGAAGGCCCAGUUGUGGCUGCACCUUAAGGCACACGAAAACAUCACAAUACAAAUCUAUGUCGCAGGAGAGCCACAAGUGGUGCUGGGACAGCAGCAGCUGGGAAGCCAGGGGAGUGGUUGGCACACUUUUUCCCUCAUGCCAGCUUUGCAGAGCUUCUUCGAGCAUGAAGACAAAACCUUACGCUUGGAGUUGAACUGUGAAGGCUGCCAUCCUAACAUUAUGUCUUUGAUGGCUGGCGGUAGCAACUCUCAUCAGCCGUUCUUGGUGGUGAAGGCGAAGAUAAAAGAAUCGGGCCAUCGGGUCACCAAACGCAGCCUGAGCUGUGACCAGAACUCAGAUUUGUGCUGUCGAAAAGACUAUUACGUAAAUUUUCGGGACAUUGGUUGGAAUGACUGGAUCUUCAAGCCAGAGGGCUAUCAGAUCAACUAUUGCAUGGGCGAAUGCCCCAUGCACCUGGCAGGUGUACCUGGGGUGGCAGCUUCCUUCCACACGACUGUCUUCAAUUUGGUCAAAGCCAACAACAUCCCCAUUGCGGGCCAUUCCUGCUGCGUCCCCACACAGCGACGGGCCCUUUCUCUGCUGUACUUCGACCCCAAUAGCAACCUCAUCAAGACAGACAUUCCCGACAUGGUUGUCGAUGCUUGUGGUUGCAGCUAAAGACGGGACGGGUAAGCAGAGAGAAAACCGAAUGGACAAAAAGUAAGAAAUGAGUUUCCACUUCCCUUUGGACUCCCACGAACGUCAAAAGAACUCUGAGCCAAAUUGAAGGGGUGGUAUUAUCAUGUGGACUCUUUUCAAAAGAGCAGCGGUGUUUGUUCUUUCAGAGAGAACAAGUUACACUAAGAUGUAAACUAGCCUGUUUUCUUACCAUUGUAUGCGGUAUAAUGUAGUGCUAUGCAAGGCUAUCAACAGCCUUCUAAGUCUCGAGACGCUGAAUUUGUCUUCCUCUGUGAAGUUGCUGCUUGAUAAACCCUCCAAGCUGUUUCCCUAAUUCUUCCCACCCCACUCCCAGUAGCUUCAUUCAUCUCUCUUUCCCCAGUCCUGUUCUGUGGGGAGAAGAGUCAGGAAAAAUGGCUCUGGAAUGACAGAUACAGGGCAGUGGUGGGUUUCUAUCGGUUCACCCCGGUUCGGGCGAACUAGUAGUGGCGGCAGGAGGCUCUGCCCACCUGCUCGGAUGUCAUCACAGAUGCUCUGCACAUGCACAGAAGGUUCUGAGCAUGUGCAGAAUUGCCCCGCGUGCAUGCUCACACUUCUGAACCAGUAGUGGAGAUAAGUGAAACCCACUACUGAUACAGGGUGUACCUAGGCCCUCAGCAUUUCAAGAUAGGGUUGGAGACCUGCCGACACAGGCAAGAGCUUGAAUCACACACAUCUUCUCAAGCCUAGCUACUUGCCCCUAAAGGCAAAUUUCAUGGUGCAUUUCAAAGUUCUCCUUGUUGCUCUUUUCAUCUUCACAGUGUUCUUCUCAAUCCAAGGCUCCACAUGGAUUGGGCCAAGUUUACUUGGGAACUCCUUCACUGGAUUGGCAGAAAAAGAAGGAGACCAAGAAGAGCCACCCUGAUCCAUA